GGUCGCAUACAUAUUUCCCACAAUUCCCUUUCCUUUCUCUCUCCACUCGCCGUCCAAGAUGCCGAAGGGAAAGAAGGCCAAGGGGAAGAAGGUGGCGCCGGCCCCUGCCGUCGUGAAGAAGCAGGAGGCCAAGAAGGUGGUGAACCCCCUGUUCGAGAAGAGGCCCAAGAACUUCGGCAUCGGACAGGACAUCCAGCCCAAGAGGGACCUCACCCGCUUCGUCAAGUGGCCGCGCUACAUCCGGCUGCAGCGCCAGCGCGCGAUCCUCUACAAGCGCCUGAAAGUGCCCCCUGCCAUUAACCAGUUCACCCAGGCGCUGGACCGCCAGACGGCCACGCAGCUGCUCAAGCUGGCCCACAAGUACCGGCCGGAGACAAAGCAGGAGAAGAAGCAGAGGCUGCUGGCCCGGGCUGAGAAAAAGGCUGCCGGCAAAGGGGACGUCCCCACCAAGAGGCCCCCCGUCCUCCGAGCAGGGGUUAACACCGUCACCACCCUGGUGGAGAACAAGAAGGCCCAGCUGGUCGUGAUUGCGCACGACGUGGACCCCAUCGAGCUGGUGGUCUUCCUGCCCGCCCUGUGCCGGAAGAUGGGCGUCCCCUACUGCAUCAUCAAGGGCAAGGCCCGGCUGGGGCGCCUGGUCCACAGGAAGACCUGCACCUCGGUCGCCUUCACACAGGUUAACUCGGAGGACAAAGGCGCUCUGGCCAAGCUGGUGGAAGCCAUCCGGACCAAUUACAAUGACAGAUACGACGAGAUCCGCCGCCACUGGGGAGGCAACGUCCUGGGCCCCAAGUCGGUGGCUCGCAUCGCCAAGCUGGAGAAGGCCAAGGCCAAGGAGCUGGCCACCAAGUUGGGCUGAGCGUGUUCUGGGGGUCUCUGUAUAUAACAGUAAUAAAAACUCUCUUUCAA